UGAAUUGAAGUUUAUAUGAUUAAUUCAAGAGUUCGGUUCUUAUAUGUUUGCGUAGGUCCUGUGGCUGAGGACAUGUUCCAUUGGCAAGCUACCAUCAUGGGACCUGCAGAUAGCCCUUAUGCAGGGGGUGUUUUUCUAGUUUCUAUUCAUUUUCCUCCCGAUUAUCCAUUCAAGCCUCCAAAGGUUGCAUUUAGGACUAAGGUAUUCCACCCAAAUAUUAACAGCAAUGGAAGCAUAUGUCUGGAUAUUCUUAAAGAACAGUGGAGCCCAGCACUAACCAUUUCCAAGGUGCUGUUGUCCAUAUGCUCCCUGUUGACGGACCCCAACCCCGACGAUCCGCUUGUCCCUGAAAUUGCUCACAUGUACAAGACCGACAGAGCUAAGUAUGAAGCCACUGCUCGCAGCUGGACACAGAAGUACGCCAUGGGAUGAUGGCGGAUGCUCGCGAGCAUCUACAAGCAUGAGAUGAUGGUUUCAUCUCCUUCAGGUAAAAGAAGGGAAAAGGACUCGAUGUUGGCAAGGAACUUUGUUGUCAUUUUGUGAAUAUUAUUUGAAGACAUUUAGGGGAUUGGAAAACUGUAAUGUAAUGUUUGUUAAGCGAAUGCUCUGCUUGUUGUUCUACAACUCAUAUAUGAUUGAUUCAGAAAAUAAUUUAUGUUUUGUGGGCACGAUUCCUACAACACAAAUUGCAAUUUU